AUGAAUAUCGCCGCGACAGAGCACGAUUACCGUUUCCCUCGGAGGCCUUACGGCACCAGCGCCGUCGACGGGCUUGGACCUCCGUCCUCGUCGUCGUCGUCGUCGUCGCAAACGCCGAAAGGAAGGCCGCCCAGCACCUUCGACUUGGACUUCUCCAUGGCUCUUGAUCAGCAGCCAAAGGGUGCGCAUGACCGAAUUUUGAAAUCUGCCGCGUUCCCUCAUCUCCAGCAACCCGCAAUCAUGACCGCCGAUGACCAGGGCCUCGAUCAAAUACGCCGCGAGGAUCCCCUCGUCACCCAGAUGUGGAAGUUCUUUCACCGGACGAAGCAAAGCUUGCCGAAUCAGGAGCGUAUGGAGAACCUAUCCUGGCGCCUUAUGGCCAUCGACCUGAGGAAAAUGCGAACGCAACAGGAAGAGGAAAUGGCAGCCGCUUCACGCCAAUCUGCUCUGCGGGACACGGGCGCUCCCAAUGCCCCCAGCGGCAUCGCGCAAUUGCGGAAAACUUCUGAACAGCACGCCACACAUACAGAUCCCAUGAAUAUCGACGACUUCAUCUUUUCCGAAAUUAUCGCAACCCCGGACGUCUUCGCAUCUCCUCCCCUACCGUCCAAGCAACUCGACGAGUCCAGAUUGGACCAUCGGCCGGCGCCGCCCAUCACAGCCUCUGCCAUUCCCAUCAAAACCCGCAAAGAUUUGACCGCUCAGCAGCAAUUUGUUCCCCAAUCCGCCCCAUAUCCCCCUCGCCACCGGAGGGCCCAAGACGAAUUCAACUAUGUGACACGCCACACUCGCAAGACGAGUAUUGACGACCGGCGCACCCGUAAACGCCCAGCCAACUUCUCUCCCUAUGUCCCAGCGGUGAACAGCUCCUCCGGCGACAUGGCCAAUAACUUGCGUGCGGACUCGGAGCUUCAUGAGUAUUCUUUGGACCAAUCACCCCAGUCAGGCAUGCCGCAGCCUCCCAACCUGCAUUCCGUCGCCUUCCCGCUCGAGAGCUUCCACAUGGAGAAUGACCCAAUCAUCACCUCCGCAGGGCCUUUUCAGCAAGGCUUCAGUUUCUCCCCCUCCUCGUCUCCCAUGGUGACUCAUGGUCCUUUCUCCAACGUCUAUAACGGCAAUUCGCUGUCCACGUCUGCCAUGAACGGUGGCGAAUUGUAUUCACCUCCCGGAUCAGCCUAUCAGUCUGCUGUCUCGACACCGCACCCCAUGACUGAAAACGAGGGAUUCUACUUCGGAUCGAUAGAUAUGCGCAGCCAGCGGCAGCAGUCCUUUCAUCCCGGACCGGGACCCCAGAAUGUCGGAAACCAGAUGGGAGCCCAGUUCAUGUACAAUGCGCCGACCGAUGGCAACUCUAUGUUCCCCGUGGCCUCCAGUGCGCCAGAACCCGGGGCCUCUUUUGGCAACCAUCAUGGCCCCAGCUCGUUCGACCACGUUGACCCGACGCAGGUUUACCAAACCCAAGGCCAGGACUCGACUCGUUCACCGGGUGCCGGUGUGCCGCUCUCGCAGGAGAACAUGUUCACAUUUGGAGGCGAUUCGGACGAGGAAGACGGAGGCGCCUUCGCAGACCGCAAUCUUUCCUUGCCCAAGGAUUUCUCUCCAACCAACACCGCGGAUGACAACUCGCUUGGAUGGGACCCUUCGCUUCCUGGCCAGUAUAGUACGCAAGCUGCUCGAUAUCCUGGCGGCCCCACGCGGAGGCAAGUGACCAUAGGCACUACGACAAAUGCCGCGGCGGACGCCACCGAUGCCGGCGGUGAAUGGGAAGGAGGAGGCAGUCUGCCCCGCUCUCAGUCAUUCAAGCAAAACCCGGACAGGCGAGGUGGAAAAUUUACACGCACGGCUUCAACGCCGGCUACUCAUCUCGGCCGCAGCAGUGGCAACAACCCCUUUGACCGUAUGGCCGCUCAAUCAAGCUCCCACUCACCCCCGGACGUCACUGGCGAGGCGUCUGGUCUGUCAUCGGCCGCACCGAGCCGGCCGACGUCCCCUCCAGGCUCGAAGCACGGGUCGUCGACGAACCUGCAGGGAGCCGGGUCCAACCAAGGGGACAACGGUGCCCCUACAACGUGCACCAACUGCUUCACGCAGACGACUCCGUUGUGGCGACGAAACCCCGAAGGCCAACCGCUCUGCAAUGCCUGCGGUCUCUUUUUGAAGCUCCAUGGUGUCGUGAGGCCUCUCAGUCUGAAAACCGACGUUAUCAAGAAACGAAACCGUGGGUCGGGCAAUAGUCUGCCCAUCGGUGGUACAGGUACAAGGUCCAAAAAGGGCGCCAACGGGAUCGGCUCCCGCAAGAACUCGUCAUUGUCCAUCUCCUCGACUUUACAGAACGCGUCUCAAGUUACACUGGCGGGGGGUGUUCGCGCCGGCGGCCCCAACGAAGGGGAGACCUCCCCCGGCGGAUCUGGAGCGGGGGGAAACACGACUGGCACCAGCACUCCAACCCCGUUCAACGGCGCGUCCUCUGUGGGCGCCGUGGGAGGCAAGGGGGUCGUUCCUAUCGCCGCCGCCCCGCCGAAAAACACGCCAGGCCCGGGUGCUGCAUCGCAUCCUCGGAACAAUGUAUCCUUGUCUGCGUCCUCUAAACGCCAGCGACGCCACAGCAAGAGCGUAGGCGGAGACAGUAACGCAGGCAUGGAUAUCGAUAGCCCGGAGAGCUCGAAUGGCUCCACCGAUGGAGGACGACCUCUGGGUUCUGUUGGUGCUACGAACAGCGUGUCGGCGUCUGGGACCCUCGGUUUAGCCAACGCCUUCGGCAUGCCCCAGCGACCGAUCGCAAGUCCGGGCAGUAUGCUGGGCAUCUCCGGGGCCGGCGGUCAACGUGGUUCGCUAAUGAACUCGGGGGGUCCCUCCACUGGUUCGCAAGAAUGGGAAUGGCUGACGAUGAGUUUGUAA